AUGGCACUAACAAAGGUCGCCCUCUCCUUUGCCCUAAACCUUGUUCUCAUUGCCAUUGUGCAUGGUCACCCACCAGUUGUCCCUUCACCGCCUUUGGUGCCUACCCCAGUUGUUGCACCAACUCCACCGAAUGGUGCUUCCUGCCCAAUCAACCCACUGAAGAUAACUGUGUGCAGCAAUGUGUUGCUGCUACUCAAACUCCGGAUCAACGUGCCGGAGACUGAGCAAUGUUGCCCACUGCUUAGUGGGUUGGCUGAUCUUGAUGCCGCCAUCUGUGUCUGCACUGUCAUCAAGGCCAACCUCCUUGGACUCGUCACCGUUGACAUUCCCGUCGACCUUACCCUCCUACUAAACCAUUGUAACAAGACAUGUCCCUCUAGUUUCACCUGCUCUCGAUGA